AUGGUUGAAGCUAUUUUGUUUGAUAUGCUCCAACACCAAGAUUCAGAAGUCGUCACCGCUCUAUACGCUAAAAUUUCACCGUUCUUUGAAAAAGAAACCCCUGAAGCGUCCGCGAAUAACAACGAAGACCAAGAAGCAGACGAAUUCUUCCAAUUUUGUUGUCUGUGGAGUUUAGUUAUUUGCUUUGAAAUUGGUUUAACAAAUUUCAAGAUUUUUUUUGGGUUAUCUUUAAUUAACUCUGUCUAUUGGAUUUCCAUCGGAAAUUGGAACAUUUUUCAAGCUUCCGUUGAUGGUGUCGACUCAUUGGGUGUAAGCUCUUUGGAUCAAUCAUUGAAACAAAAUUCUUUAUUAGUCGAUUGUGUUUGGAUAACAAGAAAACAAGGUGCUGAAACUAAAAUCUAUUUGUGA